AUGGGGAAAGCUCCGACCACGAUUGUUAUCGCCCGGCACGGCGCCCGUCUGGAUGCUGCCGAUAAGAACUGGCAUCUCACUUCCCCAACCCCCUACGAUCCUCCUCUCUCCUAUGGCGGUUGGCUGCAAUCUCGUGCUCUCGGCGCUCGCAUCAUCAGUCUGCUGGACUCCCACUCGAACUCGACAUCCCCAGUCGAUUCACUAGAUGCAGUACCCGAGUCGAAGGAACUCCCACCCAAAAAGAAGCGCAGGGUUAUUAUCCAUACCUCCCCCUAUCUGCGUUGCCUUCAGACAGCCAUUGCAGUCAGCUCCGGCAUCAGCCAGUACUCAUCAUCCUCAAACUCUGUCCAGCAAGCAAAGGGAUCUUACGUGGGAUCGGCCACUCAACCUGAACAGCGACUCGACAACAAGAAAAUUGCAAAGACAAACCACUCUCAUGCCGAUGGCAACCGAUGUCUCCUGCGGGUCGACGCGUUCCUUGGGGAAUGGCUCUGUCCUGACUAUUUCGAUGUGAUCACUCCACCGCCCAAUUCGGACCGGUUGAUCGCUGCGGCUAAGGCUGAACUUCUGCGUCGUGGUGAUAGCAUCGUCCCCCAAGCAGACACAAAUGGUCGACCUUCAACCGGCUAUUUCCCUGGCGGCUGGGGUAGUUUUUCCACCCCUGCCUCUCCUGAAUCAGGAGAAGAGGGCAAGCCUGGUCCCAAACCAAGUGCCAACUAUGCCCAAAACCAGAGGAACCGUGCUGACAGUUACGAUGUGUUGGACUCAACCAACACCCCGCGAGCCAAAGGGCUCCUAAGCAAAAUCAACACUAACCUGUCCUCUCUGGCAGGAGGCUACGUGCCUCCUACCCCCAGCUAUGCCAUCUCCCCAUCUGAUCCAAUUCCCGCCGGAUACGUUACACACGCACGCAAUGCCUGCAUGAAGAUUGAUUAUCAGUGGGACAGCAUGCGCAAGCCGCAGAAUUGGGGAAAUGGCGGCGAAUACGGUGAAGAAUGGAGCUCCAUGCACACUCGAUUCAGAAACGGACUGGAGAACAUGCUCGAGUGGUAUCAAGAAGAUGACGAGCCUAUCAAUUCAAUUCGCCCCCUUUCAUACCAGGAUGGUAGAUCCAAUGGAAUCGAACCUGUUCCAGAAGAUGGCGAUGCUCUGACUGAGACAGUUUUGGUCUUGAUCACGCACGGUGCGGGCUGCAAUGCGCUGAUCGGGGCUCUUACCAACGAACCAGUGCUGUUAGACAUUGGCACAGCCUCUCUCACCAUGGCUGUUCGAAAAGAUGCAGACGAUAAAGUUUCACUCACGGAUUCAACCGGUGAGGUACGUGAGCAGCGCCGUCGCUCCCCCAGCGAACUGUCUAUGGCGCAGGAGUACCGUCUGAAGCUAGUAGCAUCAACCGACCACCUGCGGGCCGGUGCGAACCCUGCGCAAAUCCCCAGUGCUCUUCCUUCGCCAACCACCGUGAUUGCCCCGUCGAUUCAACCCCAACGCCACCGAUUGACAUCCCGUGAUCCAUCGCUGUCGCCGGGCCCAUUCAUCAUCGGACCGUCAUCCUUGAUGGGCUCAAGCUCGAAGGGGUGGAGCUGGUCGCGGCCCUCGACAGCUUCCCGAAUCUCCCCUGGGCUCUGGGGCACGACUUCUCCCGGGCCGGACCCUGAGACGGAGUCCCCGAUCGACGACCUUGUUCCCAACUUUGGAGACUCUGGAGGUGUAAAAUCUACUCCAUCGGUGAAGGAAACGAGCAUUAAAAGUGAGGCGAAAGUGGAUGAGCCGGCUGCAUGGGAAAAGCAGUUGCCGCAGCGGACGAUGUCCCAGCGGGGACUCUGGGGCAGUGCGCCCCUGAAUAAGGAACGAGAGGCUGGUGUCAAACGACGAUGGACAGUAACUGAACGACGGGCAUGA